AUGAAUCCGAUCAACGACGAUACGAGGCCAGAAGGGGAGCCUGAAGAGCAGCGUCAGCAUGUCGAUGCCACCAUGGCGAAGCGCGUGGUGCGCAAAAUUGAUCGCUUCAUCAUUCCUGUUCUUUUCGUCACCUACAUGUUUAACUUCAUGGAUCGCACCAUCUUGUCGAGUGCUUCUGUUUUUGGUCUCAGAGAAGACACUAAUCUGAGGGGCCAGCAGUACAGCUGGGUCUCGAGCAUGUUCUACUUUGGCUACUUUGCCUGGACGUACCCAACCUCGCUUCUCAUUGCUCGUCUGCCGGUGGCCAAGUACCUGACCAUCAAUGCUCUCUUCUGGGGCAGUGUCGUGGUGGUGACAGCAGCAUGCACCAAUUUUGGCGGCCUCCUCGUGGUCCGCUUCUUGCUGGGUAUCGCUGAGGCGACCUUGACCCCAGCCUUUAUGUUCCUCACAUCGACCUGGUACACUCGCGACGAGAUCCCCUUCCGUACCGGGAUUUGGUUUGCGGGCAACUCGGUCGGUGGACUUGUUGGUAGUCUUCUGGCCUUUGGCGCUGGUCACAUUAGCCCAGACAAUGUGGUCGGUCCCUGGCGUGCCAUGUACAUCAUCCUCGGUCUCGGCACUUUCGUCUGGUCGUUUGCUAUUUUCACAUUUCUCCCCGAUCGCAUCUCCAACGCUCGUUUCUUGAACGGCGAGGAGCGCCAGUUCGCCGCAGACCGCGUCAUCGUUGCCGGUACAGGUAGCACAGAGAAGACGAACUGGCGCCUCGACCAGGUCAAAGAAUGCUUCGUCGAUCCCAAGACGUGGCUCAUCUUUGCCCUCGAGGUGACCACGCAGAUUCCCAACGGUGGCACUCAAAACUUUGCCAACCUUGUCAUCCGCUCCUUCGGCUUCACAAGUCUGCAGUCGACCCUCAUCAACAUCCCCUACUCUCUGCUAGCUGCGUCGGUCAUCGCCGGCACCGGUUGGCUUGCCGGCCGCUACCGCACGAUGAACUGCCUCCUCAUCGUUUGCGUCGUUUCACCCUGUAUCAUCGGCUCCGCCAUGAUCUACCGCCGCGAGCACAUCAGCCCUAGCGGCGUUCACCUCUUCGCCUACUUUCUCCUUGCUUCGGGGCCUGGUGCCAUGCCCCUCAGCCUGUCUCUCGUACAGAGCAACUACCGCGGCGUCACCAAGAAGAUGACCGUCUCGGCGCUCGUCUUCGUUGCCUACUGCGCUGGCAACAUUGCCGGCCCGCACUUCUUCCGUGCCAGCGAGGCCCCGGCGUACAACACCGCGUUUCAGACCAUCAUGAUCUGCUACUCACUCGUCGUCGUGCUGGCGCUCACGCUGAGGACGUAUUUGCAGUGGCAGAACAAGAAACGUGCGAGAGAGGAGGGUUUUGAGGGCUCGGCUGGCGGAUCAGGAGUCGUGGCUGGUGGCAAGGUCGUCGGCGCUGGUGAGAGCUCGCGUGAUGUGGCCCAGAUGGUGGACCAGGUCGAGCUCCGGCCAGAGGACUAUGAAGAUGUGACGGAUUGGAAGACGGUGGGCUUUCGCUACCGGUAUUAG